UCGGAGAGCUAAGGUCUGAUCUUGGGGAAAAUGCCUGAGCCGGCGAAAUCAGCUCCCGCGCCCAAGAAAGGUUCUAAGAAGGCGGUGACCAAGACCCAGAAGAAAGGGGAUAAGAAGCGCAAGAAGAGCCGUAAGGAGAGUUACUCUAUCUACGUGUACAAGGUGCUGAAGCAAGUGCACCCUGACACGGGCAUCUCUUCCAAGGCUAUGGGCAUCAUGAACUCCUUCGUCAACGACAUUUUCGAGCGCAUUGCUGGUGAGGCCUCGCGUUUGGCGCACUACAACAAGCGCUCCACCAUCACCUCUCGGGAGAUCCAGACAGCCGUGCGCCUCUUGCUGCCGGGUGAGCUGGCUAAGCAUGCAGUCUCUGAGGGUACUAAGGCCGUUACCAAGUACACCAGUUCUAAGUAGAGCGUUUCAGUCCGCUUAUUUUAACCCAAAGGCUCUUUUAAGAGCCACCUACUUUCUCAGUAAAGGAGCUGACUGGUUU